AUGAUGGACAGCAGGAUACUGGAUCCUCCUCACGGCCAGUUCGGGGGCUCCCUGGGCGGGAUGGUGGGCUUCCCGUACCACCUCAGCCACCAUCACGUCUACGAACUAGCGGGGCAUCAACUUCAAUCCGCGUCCGCGGUUCCUUUCUCGAUAGACGGAUUACUCAAUGGCUCGUGCGCGGCUUCCGUGGGUAAUUCCAGCCACCUCUUGUCUUCCGGCUGCGGGAUGAAUGGAGACAACCAGCAGUACAAACUGACAGACUCGGGGGACCCAGACAAAGAUAGUCCAGGCUGCAAGAGAAGAAGAACUCGCACCAAUUUCACUGGUUGGCAGCUGGAGGAAUUAGAAAAAGCUUUUAAUGAGAGUCACUAUCCGGACGUGUUCAUGAGAGAGGCGCUGGCUCUCCGACUGGACCUGAUAGAGUCGAGGGUUCAGGUCUGGUUUCAGAAUCGCAGAGCCAAAUGGAGGAAAAAGGAGAACACAAAGAAAGGUCCGGGUCGACCUGCGCACAACGCGCACCCGACCACCUGCAGCGGGGAGCCCAUGGACCCGGAGGAGAUCGCCCGGAGAGAGCUGGACAGGCUGGAGAAGAAGAAGCGGAAACAAGAGCGCCGGCUGCUCAAAUCCCAGAACAAACUCCUUUCCGGAGAUUUAUUCCACACCCCGGGCUCGGACAGCGACAGCGGGGUGUCCCACGUCACCGACAGCGACCACACCACCGGCCCGCCCUACGAGUCUUCUUCUGGGCACCAGUCGAGCUGCAACAACCAAACCCCCCUCCAGUCCCCAAACCACAACCAAAGACACUUGGAGCGGGACGCUGCUGCUGCUGGAUCCGAGCUGGACUCAAACUUGUGCUCCAAUAGCAGCGACCGAGCCUCCAUGCAGAAACUCAACCCGUUCAGCGUGGAGAGCCUGCUGUCGGACUCCAGGCCGAGGCGCACCGCCGCGGCCUUACCCUCCUCACGGCCUUUGAUAGGGAAGGGACACUUCCUGCUCUAUCCCAUCACGCAGCCGCUCGGAUUCCUGGUUCCUCAGACUGCACUGAAGACGGCGGCUGCGGCCACGGCGGGCCCGGGGAGCUGCGAGGGCGAGGCCGCGGAGGACGCACAUCAGUCCGGCGUGCGCUCCGCGCAGUGCCGGAGCGGCUCUCCGGGCGCAGCGACGCGCGCCGCGCUGCUGCAGCAGGAACAGACAAGUUCAUCACCACACACGAGCCCGUCCAGGCCCGCCUUUCCCACCAGCAAACACACCUCUGCCGAUGGCAGCGACUCCACUUUUGCUCACGAACACAGUCCGGACAAAAAAGAGCAUUUAGUGAACAAUAAGGAGCACGCUGCGAACCCAGACUCUGACUGUCCCACGCAAACAAAGACUGAAGCCUGAAUUUAUGGUUCUGCGUUAAAUCGACGUAGGCUCUACGUUGGUGUAACGCAGAACCAUAAAUCAGCCUUAACUCUAAAGAAGAUCUGGACAUGGAAUGACUCAGCAGAGGAGGGAGGGAGGGGAAGGAACACACUGUCAUAGCCUCUAAACCACCUUUCAUUAUUAGGCCAAAGCUACCCAAAAUCUUUGCAUUUAAACUCGAGGUCCAACCCUCUCUGCUGACAUUUUGACGUGUGCUCUCCAUCUCAUUCUUUCUCUGCGAGUGUGUGUGUGUGUGUGUGUGUGUGCGUGUGUGUGUGUGCGUGUGUGUGUGUGAAUCAGGAGUCUCUAGAUAUCCUUUAAUGUGUGAUAACCUGACAAAAAAAAAACACAACAAAAAUCCUCAAGAG